AUGAAUAACGAGUCAGUGCAUCAGCAUCAUUGUAGAAGAUGUGGACAGGUCUUUUGCAAUUCAUGCUGUGAUAAUAGGCUUCCGUUACCGCGAUUUGCUUUCGUUGAUCCUGUUCGGCAAUGCGGUCCAUGUUCCAUCAUUACUAAGAAAGAAAAUGAAUUCUUCAAUAAACAUCUCAAGGCAUUCCUUAAUGGAGGAACUUUUACCGUUUCUGUUAACGACAAUGAACCUGAAUUAGGAGCUAUGUAUAUUUGCAAGCUGACACCAGACCAUAAGACAAUCACCUUCGAAGGUGGCAAUGCUACACCUGUAGAUUCUUUUACAAUCUCUUCUAUUAAGGAUUUGGAGAUUUUAUUGGAAAAUAGCAAUGAUAAAGCUGGUGUUCCAAUUGGAAUUGUGGUGACUUAUUAUGGAACAGAAAAUCAGGUUGAGAAAGUUAAACUUUUGGUUGCUGCUACGCCCAACAAGAAACAGUCUAUUGCUUGGAUUAUCGCAUUACAAAAGUCAUACAUCACUGGUUAUCCGUAA